UCGUUCUUCGCCAACCGAAAAACGACGGAGAGAGUAAGGCAAUACUACCGCAUGUUCACAGCUAGAAGUAGAUAGUUGUAGAGGGAGAGGCAAACAAGGAUCGACGAAAAUGUCGUCGUUUCUGCAGAAAAUCGUAGAUCCGAAGAAGAAUCCUUUGGCAAAAAUGCACAUGAAGGCCGUCUCCACGCGUCUCCGCCGCUACGGGCUUCGAUAUGACGAUCUGUACGAUCCGUACUACGAUCUGGACAUUAAGGAGGCGCUGAAUCGGCUGCCCAGAGAGAUCGUGGAUGCCCGUCACCAGCGCCUCAAGCGCGCCAUAGACCUAUCCAUGAAGCACCAGUAUCUCGCGGAGGACCUUCAGGCGAAACAAACACCUUUUAGGAGCUACCUUCAGGAUAUGUUGGCUCUUGUGAAAAGUGAAAGAGCAGAACGUGAGGCUUUGGGUGCAUUGCCUCUCUAUCAGCGCACCCUUCCCUGAGUAUUUAUGCCUCUUCUAAGUCCUAAUACUGAUUGGUGGGAGUGAAUUGUAAAUUGAAUUUUAUUUUUGUGUGUUUGUUACAGAAUAUUUUGUUACUGAUGGAAGAUGGGUUAUGCCUUUGAUGACACUUGUCUAACAAAUAUGCAACAGUAUGUUGGGUAUUUGCGUCCACAUACUUGUUAAUCCUUCA